AUGGCGGUUCCGUCGGCUUCAGCUGCCAUCGUCUUCCUCGCUGUGUUCUCCCUCCUUGCCGUCGGAGCGGUCGGCAGGCCCUGUAAGACGCUGUUCAUCUCCUACACUUUUUCAUCUGAAUCUGCCGAUUCUUCCUCCCAAUCCGGCAUCGAGGUUUCUCAGAUCUCUACCGCGAGGGAGCAGGCUAGAACGAGAUUCGUCACCUUCUACCGCGUGAUUCCUCUGCGGUACUACCACAGUCGUUCCCAUCUCCGCCCGGCGGCGGCCACAGAGCUCUUUGCUACUGCCAUUCGUCUCCCUGCAGGGAUCGAACGCCCUAGGCCUCGCUUUGAACCGUCUCUAGCCGUCAGUUCUCUGCGGGAGCGCACCCGCGACAUCCUGGUAGUUGUGGCCGCUCUCGUGUUUGGCGUCGGAUGCGGAGCCCUCACCUCCGCCAUGAUCUACCUCGCGUGGUAUCUGAUCAGCAACCGCAAUGAGGUGUGUGGUUUCCACGACUACGACUACGACGACGAUGUGGAGGAUGGCGUGGAGAGUCCCAAGAAGAGGGGCUACACCGAUCUCCCUGCCGCACCUGCAACUCCGGUCACGCCUCUCAAGGAAGGGUACGGUGGGAAUUAG